GAAAAAUUCUAGUCACAGAAAUUCCUAUGCUUGUUCUGUAAUCAAAUUUUCAUUCAGAAGAAGAAAAAUAUGAAAGGAGGAAACGUGGUCGUCAAUACUUUCUCUAAACAUGUGGUUUUGGAUAACGGUAUAGUGAAGGUGACAUUAUCAAAACCGCAUGGAGCAGUAACUGAGAUUGAAUAUGGCGGCAUAAGCAAUCUCAUGGAGACUCUCAAUGUAGAGUCUCACAGAGGGUACUGGGAUAUCAACUGGAAGGAAGCAGGAGGUCAUCUCAAACUUGAUUUGAUCGAGGGGAGUGAAUUCAGUGUGGUCACAGCUACUGAAGAGCAGGCUGAAGUUUCCUUUGUCCGAAGAUGGGACUCUUCUUUGCAAGGGAGUUCCAGAAUUCCAGUCAACAUAGAUUUGAGGUAUAUCUUGCUUCGUGGGAGUUCAGGUUUCUAUGCUUAUGCAAUAUACGAAAGGCCUUCAGGUUUUCCUGCCUGCGAACUAGUGCAAACUCGUAUGGUGUUCAGGUUGGGCAAGGACAAAUUUGACUAUAUGGUAAUAUCAGACCAUAAACAGAGAGAGAUGCCAACAGAAGAUGACAGAAAGCCAGGGCGGUGCCGAAAACUUGCAUACCCAGAAGCUGUGUGGCUCACCAAUCCAGUUAACUCAGAUUUCAAGGGUCAGGUGGAUUGCAAAUAUCAGUAUUCUCUGGAGAAUAAGGAUGGAGGAGUAUAUGGAUGGAUUAGCAGUAGCAGGAGCACCAGCACAAAUCCAAUGGUUGGCUUUUGGGUUAUUUUCCCAAGUCAUGAGUUUCGAAAUGGAGGGCCUAACAAGCAAAACUUAACACUCCAUGCUGGACCUAUUUGCCUCGCUAUGUUUCAUAGUAGUCAUUAUAUUGGUGACAACUCUUCCAAGUUUGGUGAAGGAGAAGCCUGGCAGAAGGUUUUUGGUCCAGUUUAUAUUCAUUUGAAUUCAUCUGUAGAUAGACCUUCACUUUGGCAAGAUGCAAAGAACCAGAAACUCCUUCAGGAACAACUUUGGCCUUACACAUUUCCUGCUUCUCCUGGUUUUAUAAAGAAGGAAGAAAGGUGUUCCAUCAUGGGAAGAUUGUGGGUUAAUGAUAAAUUUAUCUCUUCAGAAGCCUUUCCGGCUGAUUCUGCAUAUGUAGGAUUAGCUGCACAGGGUGAGAAUGGAUCAUGGCAAAUGGAAAGUAAGGGAUAUCAAUUUUGGACAAAGACUGAUAAAAAUGGCAACUUUCAAAUACAUAAUAUCUGUCCCAACCAGUAUAAUUUGUACGGAUGGGUACCAAAUAUAGUUGGCGAUUACAAGAACGAGACAAUCCUCACACUUUCUCCAGGUUCAUCAACUAAUCUUGGUGAUCUAACAUACACACCACCAAGAAACGGAGCAACCAUAUGGGAAAUAGGCUUUCCUGACAGAACUGCAACAAAAUUCUAUGUUCCACAGCCAAAACCAAUGUAUUCAAACACAUUCUUUUUGAAUAGUGAAAAGUUUCGUCAGUAUGGACUUUGGGAAAGAUAUGCAGACCUAUUUCCUAAUAGUGAUCUAGUAUAUACAGUUGGAGUUGAUGACUAUAGAAAGGAUUGGUUUUUUGCACAUGUUACAAGGAAGCAAGGUGAUGGAACAAAUGAAGCAACAACAUGGCAAGUGAAGUUUAAUCUUGAUAAAGUAAUAAAGAAUGGACAUUAUACAUUGCUCAUAUCAAUAGCAUCCUCAACUGCAUCUGAUCUUCAGGUAUACUUUAACAAUCCAAAUUUACAGUUGCCUCAUUUUGAAACACACCAAAUUGGGAAAGACAAUUCAAUAGCUCGACAUGGGAGUCAUGGACUUUACCAAAUUUUCAAUGUACAAGUAGAUUACUCUUGGUUAAGUCCAGGAAACAAUACAAUAUUUCUAAAACAAAGGAUCCAUACAAGCCCAUUUAAUGGUAUAUUGUAUGAUUAUAUAAGAUUAGAGCAGCCGACAACAUAAGAUUUUAGAUUGUCACACAUUAAAAGUACAAGUUAGUGGUAGAUUCACUUCACUUUGUAUUUUGUCUUUUAAUUUGAAUUGGAAG